AUGCCUACCAAGCGGAAGGCAACUGACAGUGGUCGGUCCAGUAGAGCAUCGAAACGCGCGACUCCCGUUCCUGAUAUCCCGGACAUCGACAGUAGCGACGAAUACUCGGAAUAUGAGCCGGAUGCAAAGGAUGACAGCCUAAAAGGUAGCCGUAGUUGUGCUGACUGGUCUGCUGUUGAAGAGGUCGUCGACAAGUUCUCGCUCGAAACAUUCAGCCAUAAGAAGGACAGUGCGGUGCAAAAACAGGACCCCAACUUCGGAUACAAAGACUUCUCAUCCCUCCCACUGAAGCCCGACCAUGCGAAUCGUCCCCUCUGGAUCGACCCUCUCAAGGGCACCAUCACCCUUGAAAGCUUCUCUCCGUUGGCGCCCCAAGCCCAAGACUUUCUCACCACAAUCGCCGAACCCUUGUCGCGUCCUACCCAUCUUCACGAAUACCGGUUGACUGGAAACAGUUUGUACGCUGCUGUUUCUGUUGGCUUGCAGCCCCAAGAUAUCAUCAACUUCCUCGACCGGUUGUCGAAGACGCCACUUCCCGAUACAAUCAAGUCGUUUAUCAUCGACUUUACGAAAUCAUAUGGCAAGAUUAAGGUGGUUUUGAAGCAUAACCGCUUCUUCGUGGAAAGUACCGAUCCGCAAAUGCUGCAGAUGCUGCUCCAAGACGAAGUCAUCGGACCGCAGAGGGUGCAAGGGUCGGAGGGAAUCAUUCAGCAGGCGGCUCCCAAAAUGGGCGGUCUCGUUAUCCCGGGUACCAAGGAUGCUGCCGGCAUCAAAGAGGCUUCAGAACAGAAAUCGGCGGAGGAAAAUGCAGAAGCUCGUCAAGAUGAUGCCUUACUCAUGGCUAUCCGCGAUGACGACGACGACGAUGACCAGGCUCAAGUUCACAGUUUUGAAAUUCCCAAUGAGGCUGUGGAGCCGGUGAAAGCGCGUUGUCAGGCUAUGGGUUGCCCGGCAUUGGAGGAGUAUGAUUUCCGGAACGAUGAGAUCAACCCGACUCUGGACAUCGACCUGAAACCCAACGCUCGUAUCCGAAGCUACCAGGAGAAGAGUCUGAGUAAAAUGUUUGGUAACGGUCGCGCGAAAAGUGGUAUCAUCGUUCUGCCGUGCGGUGCGGGCAAGACGCUCGUUGGGAUCACCGCCGCCUGCACCAUCAAGAAGGGAACUAUCAUCCUCUGCACCAGCUCUAUGUCUGUGGUUCAGUGGCGGAAUGAGUUCCUGCGGUGGUCCAACAUUGAUCCCGGUGACAUCGCCAUUUUCACCUCGGACAACAAGGAGAAAUUCCGCAGGUCAACCGGUAUUAUCGUCUCCACAUACUCCAUGGUUUCUCAAACACGGGCUCGCUCGCAUGACGCACAGAAGAUGAUGGACUGGAUCCAAUCACGGGAAUGGGGUCUGAUGAUCCUCGACGAAGUGCACGUCGUGCCUGCGUCCAUGUUCCGUAAAGUCACCUCGGCCAUUGCCACCCAGAGCAAGCUUGGGUUGACGGCAACGUUACUGCGUGAAGAUGACAAGAUUAAGGAUCUGAACUUCCUGAUCGGACCGAAGCUCUACGAAGCUAAUUGGAUGGAGCUCGCAGAGCAAGGUCAUAUCGCCAAGGUCCAAUGCGCCGAGGUCUGGUGUCCAAUGACGACAGAAUUUUACUCGGAAUAUAUGAGGGAGAAGUCUCGAAAGGCGGCUCUUCUCUACAUUAUGAACCCGCGCAAGUUCCAGGCCUGUCAGUUUCUCAUCGACUACCAUGAAAAGCGAGGCGAUAAGGUCAUUGUCUUCUCAGACAAUGUGUAUGCCCUCGAACGGUACGCGCUUAAACUGAACAAGGCUUAUAUUUACGGUGGUACCCCUCAGAAUGAACGGAUGCGCAUCCUGGAGAACUUCCAACACAACGAACAGGUCAACACCAUCUUCCUGUCCAAGAUUGGCGACACGUCACUGGACUUGCCAGAGGCCACCUGUCUCAUCCAGAUCUCGUCCCAUUACGGUUCGCGUCGUCAGGAAGCCCAGCGACUUGGUCGAAUUCUGCGGGCGAAGCGUCGAAAUGACGAAGGCUUUAAUGCGUUCUUCUACUCGCUCGUGUCGAAGGACACAGACGAAAUGUUCUAUUCGUCCAAACGCCAGGCCUUCCUUGUCGACCAAGGAUAUGCCUUCAAGGUGAUUACCCACCUCCAAGGCAUCGAGAACCUGGAAGGUCUGGCAUAUGCAACUCCCGGAGAACGUCGCGAGCUACUACAGGAGGUUAUGCUGCAGAAUGAAACGUCGGCCGAGGUGGAGCAUGUCACCGACGACCUGUUCUCUGCGGGCGGAGCCAAGGGCAAGGCCAAGGGUGCUGUGCGACGCAGUGCUGCUACGCUUAGUGGACUUGCUGGCGGCGAGGAUAUGGCCUACAUUGAGUACAACAAGAGCCGAAAUAAGCAGCUGAAGGACAAGGCCGGCCAUCACCCGCUGUUCAGGAAGAUUGAGCGAGACCGCUUGAAGAGAAAGAACCAAAUGGAGGAAAUGCGGCAAAGUGGAGACCUGAAGCGGUGA